AUGGCAGUCAGAUCAAAGCGUGUAACUGAUCCUCUAGAUGAACGAGUUAAGGACCGAAUCGUCGGCCGUGACAGGGUGACGGAUAUGGUGUACAGUAGCAGCGGUAGCGAACACAGCGGCACCGGCAGCGAAAUCGGCGAUGGUGAAUCAUCGUCAGAUCAUUCUCUGUCUUACCUUCUUCAUUGUUUCGGUGAAGACGGAAAUGAAGGUGCCAUCAACGGUGAUGAGCCAGAUGAAAUUCAUUUGCAGGAUAACGAUUUAGAUUCGGAUUCGGAUUCGGAUUCGAAUUCCGAUCGUAUGGAAGCAAAAUGUAUCGAAAUUAUUUCGACAUUGCAGAGUUUAAAUGCUGAUAAGUUCAGAAACGUCCUCUUCACCAAUGUUGUAAAAGCCAUGGAGGUUUUUCGAUCUCUAAGACCCAGCACACAGAUCCUCAACCGAAACAUGAUUUACUUCCUUCAAAAACUCGGCUAUAACGCGGCGAUUUGCAAGACAAAGUGGGAGAGCUGCGGUGGACUCACGGCCGGGAACUACGAGUUCAUCGACGUCGUCCGAUCCGAUUCCGGCAUUCGUUACUUCAUCGACCUCAACUUUGCCGGAGAGUUUGAGAUCGCUAGACCGACGAAUCAACUCCAACGCUUCUCAAAAAAAUUACCGAUUGUCUUCGUCGGAAAAACUGCAGAUUUGAAGACGAUCGUGAAAUUAAUGAGCGACGAAAUAAGGCGAUCACUGAAGAGCAGAGGAUUACUCCUCCCUCCAUGGAGAAAAAACCGGUUCAUGCAGAACAAAUGGUUUGGACCAUACCGCCGAACGGUGAAUUGCACUGCGGCUAACGUCGCUGUUCCGGCGACACAAACGACGUCGGCCGUUAAAUGCAGCUUGAUUGGAUUUAACGUCGUCGACAGUACUCCGUUAUUCUCCGCGGCAACCCGUACAAGAUAA